CCAUAGGUCAUCCGCAUAGGGGAUGAUGGGAUCGUACGGAUACCGACCUGACCUCCAACGCGGCGUAGGGGCAUGGUUCACCACGAACUUCCCCCCCGCCCCCAUGGGGAAGUUCGGUAACUCCACCGUCGUGGAUGUCGUGCCGCUCGACAUGCUCCAUCUCGUCAACGACCACUGGUACCAGUUCCCGCCUCUGAACCCGCUCUGGCACGGGAUCCUGGGCUUCACGAUCGGGAUCCUGGGCGUUCUGGCCUUGAUCGGGAACCUGACGGUGCUCCACGUGUUCACGACCACCCGGGCGCUGAAGACGCCGUCCAACGUGCUGGUCGUGAACCUGGCCUUCUCGGACCUGUGCAUGGUGAUCACGCAGUACCCGGUCAUGGUCAUCAACUGCUACUAUCAUACCUGGAUCAUGGGCCCCCUGGGAUGCGACCUCUACGGGAUCACCGGCUCCCUGUUCGGGAACGGCUCCAUCUGGACGAUGGCCAUGAUCGCCUACGACCGCUACCGGGUGAUCGUGAAGGGCAUGGCCGCCAAGCCCUUGACCUACAAGAGGGCCAUCGCCAUGGUCACCACCAUCUGGACCGUCGCCAUCGUCUGGACCCUCCUACCCCUCUUCGGCUGGAACCGAUACGUCCCGGAGGGGAACAUGACGUCCUGCUCCAUCGACUGCCUGAGCGACGACUGGAAGGACAAGUCCUACAUCCUCGUCUACAGCAGCUUCGUCUUCUUCACGCCGCUCCUCAUCAUUCUCUACAGCUACUUCCACAUCGUCCGCGUGAGGAGGAUUUUUCGUGUCGGAGCCGAUCGGGUCGCCGGUCGAGGGGACGACGCUCCCUCGACGGUGGCGGACCACGAGGAGCAGAUGCGGGAUCAGGCGAAGCGGAUGAACGUGGAGAGCCUCCGCAGCGACGGCAAGGACGCCCACGCCGAGAUCCGACUCGCCAAGAUCGCCCUGAUGACGAUCACGCUGUGGUUCGCCGCCUGGACGCCCUACCUGGUCAUCAAUUACACCGGGAUUUUCAACAAGGCGAGGAUCACGCCGCUCUACACGAUCUGGGGCUCGCUCUUCGCGAAGACCCACCCGAGGUACCGCGCAGCGUUGAGGAAGAAGUGCCCGUGCCUCUUCUGCGACACGGACGGCAAGGGGUCGGACGGGGCCAGCGUCAACACGGAGAUGUCGACCAAUACAUCCGCCUCCUCAGAAUCCACUCCGCCUACUCCUGCCUAAGGGAUACGUCCACCAAUGCAUCCGCCCUAAAUCCCAUCCACCCUAAACCCAAUCGCAUUGUCCAUCUAUCCAUUCGCUGUCUACGACUAGACCCUGAAUCCUGCCAAUAUGAAUUCUUCACCAUUCACCCAGUUUCCCCAAAAUCCACCUGAAACUCGGCCAGAUUCAUCCUUCAAGAUCUACAGAUCUCGGAAAUGUUCCAAUCUCCUCUCCCACUAAGAAAACCUUUUCAACGAUUUUUUUCAAGUUUCCCUCCAUUUUUUUGUCCUUUCUUUUCGUUGAAGAACCCCUUUUUUAUUUGAGCAAUUUUUAUACUUCAC